AUGAAAGGACAUCAAAAGAGUUCACCAAAUCUUAAAUUUCUAUAGCCAUAAUUAACUGCUCGUUAACCAAAGAGAAGUGAUUCAAUUAAUUUACGAUUUGAUGUAUAGAAGACUUUUCGAACCAAUCAGACAGAGAAUUCAUUAUCAAUUGAUAAAAUAUAUUAAGUUAAUCCAAGCAGAGUACUAACUAUUAAGAAUAUGUCUCGAGUUAUGAAAUAAAAUUUCAUUCAUAAAACAGAACCUAGUGAUACUUCUGAAAAAUAAAACAUUGAUAACUAAAGAAUUUUAUAAAGAAAGCAAACAGCUCCAAAAUUUAUAUAUAGACCAAUAAUAAAAUAAAAUAGUGAUAUAUUUUGUAUAAAAGAUUCACCAAGAAUUGUUUAAAAUACAAAUAUGCAAGAGACUAAUUCAAUAUAUUAUAUUUCUGAUGUUGUGAAUGCUUUUGAAAGUAAAGAAAACUAUUUUAACAGACUUUUUAAGGAUCAUUUUUAAUCAAGUUUCAUAUCAUUUAAAUAAUGCACUUAUUCUAAAAUAAUUUACAAACCAAAACCAGUUACUAUACCAAAUGAUCUAAAAGGUUUUUAUAUAUAUUUUUAUAAAUAAAUAGAUACUAAAAAGUAUACUUUAUUAUUUGAUUUGGAUGAGACUUUAGUUCAUUGCACUUUAGAUUUAAAAUUGCCAUGUGAUAAAAAGUUAAUCAUUAAACUUUCUUAAGAUGAAACAUUUUAAGUAGGCGUUUCUGUUAGACCUGGUUUAUAAAUGAUGUUAGAAUUAUUAGAACCUAAUUUUGAGAUCAUAGUAUUCACUGCUUCACAUGGAUAGUAUGCAAAACGAGUAAAACAUAAUUUUUAAUUUAGAUUGUUGAAUAUAUUGAUCCAAAAAGAAUUAUAUCUAGAGUUUUAUCAAGAGAACAUUGUUGUUUUUCUGAUCAAGGAUUAUAUGUUAAGGAUUUAUCCAUUAUCAAAAAUCGUUCAAUUUCUAGAACUCUUCUAGUUGAUAACUCUGCAAUAAGUUAUUACUAUUAAUUUGAUAAUGGUGUUCCUAUCAUUCCAUUCUAUGAGAAUAAACAAGAUAAAUAAUUACUUCAUUUAGCUAAAUAUCUCAAUGGAAUGGUUGGUACAGAUGAUAUUCGCGAAUAGAAUUAGUAUCAUUUCAUUACUAUAAAGAAAAAAUUUAAAAAAUUAUCUAUUUGCAUAACUAUAAACUUGGGAAUAAGUUCUAGAAAUUUAUAAGGUACUUAACAAUUCGAAAAAAAACUGA